AUGCGGUACGAAGACUGGGACGUGAUUCUCUUCCCCGAAUCGUCCAAGGUGCCCAUACAGGAAUUCAAGACCCAAUGUUUUGUCACCAAGGAUAAAGAGUCGCCAUAUCUACAUAGUCCCGGCCUUGUCAGUCCGGCUUCUUGUUCCCUACCACAGAGUAAUGUAGGCCAGUUGCCAGUUCUCACUACAUUCGUCCCAAGUUUGCGCCAGAAUACCCCCUUCCGCGUGUCGGUUCAUAGCUGGCAAAAGCCGACGCCGAGCCGGUUGAUGGAAAGUCUCUUGCAGCCAGACGACGCGGUGCUUUUCGAGGUGCGGAUCUUUAUUGAUGGGCUGUGUGUAUCUGGCAGCGUUUUUCACCAGAGAUCAGGAUGGCCUCAUGUUAUCGAUCUGAGUUCUUACGUCGACAAGAGUGGCAAUCAGGAUAACCUCCGUUUUCCGCCGUUCCAUCAAGAGAUUCUGGAGCAGAGACACUGGGAUGCAGCCGAGUUGUACGGCAGAAUUAGAGUCGUGAUCGCCGAGGGCUUCUGUCGGCCGCAUCGCUAUCCUCCGUUUGAGAGAGUCAAGGAGAUCAUCGCAUUCGCCUUUCAGCACGCCCCUCUGCAGGUUCUGGAGCAUUCAAACAUCGCCUGGCCGAAUCCUACCAUGUGGACACGGGAGCCACGACUCUUCAAAUAUAACUCAGGCAUCGGGCCCAAUCUCGCCCCGGAAGAUUCUCACGCCCACUCACCUACUAAACAGGGUGCGCAAGGGCGCAUGAUAGCUUCCAGGAGCCAAAUCAGCAGCCAGUCAGGCAAUUCAUGGGCGUAUCGGAAUUACCAACGGCCGAUGCCCAUGCCUCUACCCCAGUGGCAAAGUCAAUGCAUGCCAGACCCUUUUACCGAUCCGAUUGCACGUCAUCGAGGUGCAAGAUCAUCUUGCGAGGAUGUUCCCAUGCCUGAUUAUGUCUCAAGCUCCGGUAGUAGUCGUGCUAUCUCCAGCAUGACGGGCAUUAGCUAUGAACACAGCAAACACCCCAGCAUUGUAACCCCCGUGGAUGACGAGUCAUACCGACAACUGAUUGAAGCUCUGAGUCCGCCAAAGCCGCUGACCCUGUUUGGCAUAUCUGCACCAACUAAUACCCCUUCAACCACUUUACCUAUGGGUACCAAGCUUUCCGCAGCUGCUGAAGCGCGUUCUGCGCCUUACACCAAAGGCAGCAGCAGAACAUCGGUUUUGAAGGACAUUUCACUGCCUGGAACCAGAGAGGUAUCUGGGUCCAGCGCUAAAUCUACCGUUACUUCCGAGACAACGACUGAGGGAGCGACCACUAGCAAGAUUCAGGCCAGCCCUAGCGCACAUGUCAGGAGCAGAAAGGAGGGUAUAUCUCAAGCGAAUAAGGACAACGAAUGUUCGGGAGAUUCACCGCUCAAAGAGAGCGAAAAGGCUCUUCAGACGCCCUCAAGACCGGUCGUGUGUACGAGCAUGAACACGGAAACACCAACUAGGUCGGACGGAAAGUUGUCUACAAGCUCUGUUCGUGGGGAGAGCUCCCCCAUUUCCUAGGGUGAAACAGUGCGGCCCUUCCCACCCCAGGUUUUGUCCAUGGCAGGAUAUCAUGUCCGUCAAGCUGGAGUCAAUGACUUCCACGAUGCUGAAUCCUAGCUUGCAGGUUCGGGAUCGAAGUCAUAGAGAUCGAUUGAAGCAUUCUUAUGUUAUUCAGAUAGACGUCUACUUCUCCCCGGUGCAAUCUUUCUUGCGCCCUCUGCCAAAGUUUCUUUUGUUGCUUUAUUGAUCUUGACUGAUGUGUCCUCUACGGGGACACACAGAUUCUGAGGCUUCAAUCAUGAGCAGUUGAGCUAUCGACUCUCGUUACCCUUAUAUAUCAUUCCUAUUAAAUACGGUAGUCUCUGGGCGGAGACAUGUGGAC